ACUAUUUCCCUGAUUUUGAUGCAUUUCAGAAGAAGCAAAAAUAAAUUAACUAAAAAGUUUAAUAAAAAUGACAGGAAAAAAUAUAUUUUGAGAGUUUAUAUAUGUUUUUGCUAAGCCAGACUAUCAUCUCAUUCUCAUCUGCAUUUUGGGUGUUCUUUUCUCCUCUCUCCUUCCAAGUUUUAAGAGAAGAAAACCAGCAUCUGGGUGUUAAAAAGAUUGGAUCUUUGUUUGAAACCAGUUUGAUUUUCAAGUAAGGAGUUGCUGGCUUUCUUGCUAAAAGGUUGAGGUUUUAUAGAUAAUGCAGUGUGAGAAAACAUACUUCAUAGGCAAGUUCAAUGGAUGGUAGUGUGAUGGCUGAUCCUGAUCCAGACUCGUCUACAUUGGGUUUAAGGCAUAUUAGCAGCUCACUAUUCAAUAUUCCUGGUUUCCUUGUUGGGUUUAGCACUAAGGGUUCUUUGGAUUCUGAUGCUGUACGAAGCCCUACAUCUCCUCUUGAUUUGAGAGUGUUUGCAAAUUUUAGCAACCCCUUUACUGUUAGUUCUCCUAGAUCAUCAUCUCAAAGUGGUUGUCAAAAGAAGUGGGAUUGUAGUAAGAUAGGCUUGGGCAUUGUGAAUUUGCUUGCCGAUGAAAUUAAACCAGAUGGUGGAGACCUUGAUUCUCCAAAGAGAAUGAAUAUUGUAUUUGGACCACAGGUGAAGACAAAGUUUCCUUAUUCAUCAAGGUAUUCCCGUGAAUACCUUGGUAAUUCCAUGAAAUCCAAUUCUUUGCCUAGGAAUUACAUAAUUUCACAGCUUUUCCAAGCCAGAAAAUCCAGCACCAAGUCAGCAGAUUCUAGUCUUGACUUUGGAAAUGAAGAAGUACCGGUUGAACCCAAAACAGAUCUUGGGCUUUCCCCUUCAUUUAUUUCCUCUAGUGAAAACCUGAAUAUGAGUUCCGAAAGUUGUUGUUCAGAAAAUGCAACCUUCGGUACUAACAGUUCACCUCUGCCAAUUGGCAGACCUUUGCAAGUAGAUAAUUCUUUGGUAAGUAAACCAAGUUCACUUCCUAUACUCCUCAGCCAUAGCAUGGUGUCUCUUUCCACACAUGAGCUAGAGCUUUCCGAGGAUUAUACUUGUAUAAUUUCUCACGGUCCGAACCCGAAAACAACUCAUCUUUUCGGUGACUGUAUUUUGGAAUGUCACAACAAUGAGUUGACCAUUUUUGACAGAAAAGCCGAAUCUGGUACCAAUGUGCCCCCACCAACUAAGAGCGGAGAGACUUCAACACUUCACCUCUCUGAUGAGUAUUUGAGCUUCUGUUACACUUGCAAGAAAAAACUAGAGAAGGAUGAAGAAGUUUACAGGCACAGAGGUGAAAAGGCAUUUUGCAGUUUUGAUUGCCGCACUGAGGAGUUUUUUGCCGAUGAGGAAAUGGAGAAAACUUGUAAUAAUUCCUCAUCCAACAGUUCUCCAGAACAGAGCAAUGAUGAAGAUGUCUUCCUAAUGGGUAUGUCCAUUAACAUGUAAUGGACUAUUGUUGUGAUAGCUUUUUGCAGGCAUUCAUGCCCAGAGUGAUAACAUUAAUUAACCUGGAUGAUCAUCUGUUCAUAAAAAGAGCUGUUUAUGUGAAUCUAUCUGCAGCCAUGGAUGAUCGGAGCAUAAAUCACAAUUCAUGGAUAGCACAGCAUAGAGUUUAAUUUAUAAUCCGGAGAUAUAAUAUCAUUAGACUGUUGCAUUAUAAUUUUGAUUAGAUGAGUUAGUAGCGGCAGGAAGCCCCAUCUCAUCAGUUUUCUUUUUAUUAUAUCUUUUUUGUUUUUGUUGCUCCUGUGUGAGCUGUUGCAGAAACUUUGGAACUUGUUGUUUAUUCGAACUUAUUAACUAGUUCAUUUUCAUAGCGGAACUGAUUGAUUGUCUUCCACUACAAUAAAUGAACCUUUUCUUGUAGGAAA